AUGGAGACCUUCAAAGUUCUGAGAGUGCUGUGUGCGGUUAUUUUCCUACUUAUGGUAUACAGGACACCAUACGCUAACGCCAUCAGCAAGUGCGAAUCGCAAGGGUCAACUUUCACAAGAGCUCUGAAAGGACACACCUAUGACACAUUCGGGGUCAACAGCCCGGAUGUUUGCGUCAAGAGAUGUGAAAAAGAAAAAAGAUGUCAGAGCAUCAACUUUGUAUUUGAAGAACGUAUCUGCGAACUGAAUAAUCGUAGCAUGGAGGCAAGACCAGAUGGCUAUGUAGAAGAUCCGAGACGGAUUUACAUGACGGUAUAUCUUAAUAGAGGUGGGUGUUAAAAAAAUAGCUUAAGGUGUUGAUUAAAUUUAUCGGUUGCCCAAGGUUUAUUCCUAAGUGUAUUCCAAGAUUUUCCUCUAGAGAUUAUCAUGGGGAAAUGUAGUGGAGUUUCUUUUGCUUCGUUCCUAGUUUGUAUUUCUUAUUUUGUUGCAACGGGUAAGUUGAUGAACAAUGACUUGUUAAGUUGUCGUUUGUUAGAGGAGGUUUUCCAUGAGGAUAGCCGAUAGCUGUAAUACAGCCAAAAUUAGCCGUAAGGCGUAAAAAUUGACAAAUUUUAACCGAUAGUCGUAAAAAGAAAGUCAACCGUAAAAAAAAUUUUGGUGACAACAGAAGAAUGAUGUUAACCAUUAGCCGUAAAAUGGCCAAACUUUAACCGUCUGCCGUAAAAAAGCCAUCACCCCCCGGCCAUUGAGACCCUUUUAGAGACAACGCACCUUUUAUUUUUGAUCAUGGCAAAGAGUCUUUCAGUAUGAACGGAUAUCAUCCGUGAUAGUGGCUGUGAUGGUGGUAGGGGUAGUGAUAGAGGUUAGUGGUAGUAGCGACGGUCACAGUAAUUAACCCUAUACACCCUAACAUCCGAAUGCAUAUUCUUCACAGUGUUCUGUAUACAUUUCCCGAGGAACUGACAAGAGAAUUUGUUUAACAAUCAAGAGCUACUUUAGUCGUUGAUCAUUUUCUUUAUUCUCAUGACCUUAAUGUUUGAUCCAGGAGUGACACUAUAAGGAGAAAUUAGAUGUGGAGUCGCUCUUAGGGGUUCAAGGGUUGAAGUUCAUGGCCCACGAGAAGGUCCUCAUUAACCCUUUACACCCUAACAUCAGUAUGUAUAUUCUCCAUACUGCUCUCUAUACGUUUCACAAUAUGCUGACAAGGAGAAUUUGUUUAAAAAUCAAGAGCUUCUCUACUUGGUGAUCAUUUCCUUUAUUCUCGUGGCCUAAAUGAGUGAUUCAGGGGUGACAUUGUGAGGUGAAAUUAGAUGCUAGUCUCUCUUAGGAAUUAAAGGGUUAAGAGCUCUGUAGGACGCCCGUUCAGUUUUUAAGUAAAUAAGAUCCUUUUCAAACACGGCAAGAAUGAGGGGUCGUGGAAGAUUUGAGACCAGUCGGGGAGAGGUUUGCUUGAGAGGGUCUCUGUUUAGUUCAGUAAACUACGCAGGAGCACUAAAAUGAGUGCUAAACCUAUUACAAACCUUUCCUCAAAGCCUCGUGCUCUCACGCAAGCGAGAAACCGCUUGUUCCGAAAAGCUAUUAUUGAAGACCUGCUCACAAGCAAUAAUGAAAGUGGUAAUGCACUGAAGUACAUUGUACUUUAUAAAUCACUUAAAUCCAUUAAAUUUUUCACAAUUUUUAUCUUCAGUUCCUCUUGGCUCGAUCCCUGAACUGCCGGCCAAGUCAUGCGCAGAAAUUAAGGCGAGUGAAGGAGAAGAGGCUGUUAAUGGUCAUUACUGGCUUGACCCUUACAAUACCGGCAAGAACGAGUGGACCAAUUGUUAUUUGGAGACAAAAGGUCUCUUUUUUCUCUUUUUUAACAAUUACAAUGCUGACGUUUCAAACAAUUCGCAGAUAUAAAAUAAUUUUGAUUCGUAAAGAUUUUUACCCGCGAAAUCUAAAGCAUCAUGGGUUGCUUCUUUUCAAUCACAUAUCUUGGUUUAUAGUGAGUGACCUCGUUUCUCUUUAGCACGAAGUUGUGCUACAAAGAGAGAGGUACUUCUAGAUCAUUUUUCAAUCAACUUUUUUGCAGAGAGACCUCCAAAAAACUAAUUGAAAACUUUUGAACUGUUCCUCCUCCUCUUCUCUAUUUUCUAUCUUAGAAUUACUUAACAAUUAUUCUGCUAAGGCUCAGUGAAUAUUGUUGAAUAAUCCCCUAGACGAAGUCGAGGGGAUUAUCGGAGUCUGAUGACUAGAAUUGUGUUUUACUCUUUUACGUUUGCCGCUUCCUGUACAACAUUGGCAAAACGCGAGGCAGCCAUUUUGAAAUUUAGCGCCCCUGAGAUAUGACGCAAUUCUCGACCAGUCAGAACAUGCGCAUCUCUAUUAUCACCCGAGCAAUUAUAGCAAUGUUAGAUAUUCAUCACAUUUAUAAGAUAGAUCUGUCUUCAAUUCCUUCAAUAAUAUUAAUCACGCAUAGAAAUUGCUGAAGUGGACGGUGGAAAAUUGACCCUAUCCUCCAAGCAUGACUCCUACCAGGUGCAUGCGCAGAGCAGAGCCUUCUUGAAUUCUUCAUCUUUCUUCGGUUGCUUAAUUGAGGUGUUAAUAAUAGAAAACUAUUGCCAUUGAAACAUUAAUUAUGGUAUCAAUAAAAUUUUCCAGGUUCCCUCUUUCACUGGACACUCAGUGGCACGGACAGCUCGCUAACGUAAGGAAUCGAGUUCUUUAGGAUAAGUGCUGACGAAAAAAAUGCUUUGUCGUUUUAAAUUAUGCUACAACGGGAAUUGAGGUAGUAUUAUUAAAGAGGGCUCAGGAUAGGAUAAUCGGGAUAAAACUCAGUGAGGAUAAUUUUACUCUUAAUUCCAGGUAAUACUUACAAAAUUACACACUAAGGAAUUAUAUACCAUACGUGGCUUCUAGGUUUCCAGUUUUAGCGAUAAGUUUUGGAAGAAUGUUUUUAUUAUUUCAUCUGCUUCUUAGGCCUAAUCAUUUUCUUCUCGGCUCAGAACUUUAUUCUUAGUUGCUGUCCUGAGCGAUGUUCUUUCCGGCAGUUUGUUGCCUAAGCAUGAAAUGUUUUGGCGGUUUCUGAUUGUGCGCAACAGACCCCACGACUCUUUUUCCUCAGAAUUUUUUUCCACCUUCUCUUCAAGAUCUUCUUAAAGAAUUUAAUUAUUUUUUCACGUCAUCGUUAAGCCCUAUGAUUUACUAAAAAUCACUUUUGUUUUUUCUAGAUUACGAGGAGCGGCAAAGUUUGUCCGGAAAAGCGGCAGAACUGUUCUGUAUUUAGACGGAACCCAAGGGACGUUCGCAGAGACACCAUCAGUUCCUUUCCAAAAAACUGACCUAACAAUUGCAGUUUGGAUCUUUCUAGAAUCACCGUUAACAAGAAGGCAAGAAAUUUACUCAGACUGGUCUUCUCCGCAUCAGUUCCGAAUUGGCAUUGAGAUAAAUGGUCAGCUGUGUUUCCAAGGAAGACGAGACGUAGGUGGAGUAAGCGACAUGAUGACUCCAUGUACAAAGUCAAGGUAAGUACAAUUUUUCUGUCACGAUCAACGAGGUGGCAAUUUUCCACUGCGAAAACUGACCGUAAGGGUCACGCAACAGUUGAAUAAACUCCUUUACAAAUUUUUGGCUCGAGAUGCAGCUUCAACUCUAAAAUGAGGAGAGUUUGAUUAGUUUGAGACUUCCGAAAUACGAUUUAAUGACUCAAUAUGCUUGGUGUUCUGUCAGGACUUAAGCCGGAAGUCCAAAAUCCAAAGCCCGCUACCAAGUGCAAUGCUCCUGUGCAGUUGAGCCAUGCAGUAUCACAACAUGCGUCCUAAUACCUCGAACUGUAAUUUGCUAGUUCUAUGCAUGCGUGAACUUCAUACAGCGCUGUAAAUUUGUUGGCGAGCAGCCGGUCGCAAAAUCGGAACCAGUUGCCGAGGUUUAUCCUAUCCCAGGUGUUCACUGAACAAACGGCGACUCGAUAGCGCCACCAUAGGGUCAAGAAAUGAAGCAAAGAAAGAGGGAACGAGAAGAAGGAACUUGUUCUUUGCCUUACUUUCGACUUCCUGGGCCGCUAUUAUCGCGCGCAAUUAAUUAAUCAAUGCAUGGAGGAAAGGCUAGCUGAGACUCGAAUCCUCGCCAGGAAUAGGAGUUUCUCUUUUUACCACGCUCAUAAAAAUAUUUCAAUAAUGUCUUUCCCAAGUAUUUUACUUAGUUUGUUACAAGCUUCACUCACAUAUGCGAAUUUUAUUUAGCUUUCUUGUGUUGAACGUUUCUUUUACAGAGAUGUCGUGGAAACAGAUGUUUGGAGACACGUGGCAAUCACUUGGGGAAGAUCAGAGCGCACGUUUAGGAUUUACAUAAAUGGUGAAAGGAAAGUGAAUCACGUUGUCAGCGAUAAUCCUGUCCUUGAUUUCAAAAACUCUGGUCAUGCUCUCUAUGAUAUUGGCUUGAAAAGAGACAGUGGCACCACGGCUCUUGCAUACUUCAGUGACUUGGUGAUCUUCACACAUGAGCUAUCAGCGACUCAGUUGAAGAGUGACUUGUUUCUAAAUCAUCCCCUUCACAAUUUCAUAUAAUUUUUGUAUCUUGUAAAACGAAGAACACACCCACAUAUUAACAGCGUUUUGCUGUUAGCAUCUGAUUCAAAAUGAAG